AUGACUGAUUGUGUUUCCCCCUCGCCUUCCAGCCCCCUAACUGUACUCACUAUCUUCUGUUACCUCCUCCACAAAGAUUAUAAAGCGUGGAUGAGCUACUACAAUUAUGAAUACGGGUCUGGCAAUGCAUUUGUCGGGCUCAAAAACUCAAUGGCAACCCCUACACAGUCGCCUCCAUACAACGCAACGCAGUCACCAGCCACUUCGUCCACAUCUUCGUCGUAUCCUUCCUCUCGGGCUCGGUUCAUGAGCUCCAAGGGUUUUGAGUUUGAGGAUGAUGUGGAGUUUUGCCCGGAUAUACCAGAGAAGGUGUUUGCGCACUCGCAGCAGCACCAGCAACAUUCGCAGCAACAUUCGAACCAGGGAUCUUCUUCUGACUCUAGUCCGCGCGUGGCCAAGGUUGGAAGUCCGAGCCCCAAGUUUGCUACUCCGAGAGUCAAAAAGGCUCUCGAUAUAGUCAACCCAGCUACAGGGAUGCGUGUGGGUUCGCCCUCGCUCAAGUGA